AUGACUAGCCACGGGAGUUUCAUGGCUUUGCUCAGACUUAUCAUCACUGUUAGUAAUAGAGGCGGGUUUAAAGCCGUUUCUGAGAAUGCCUCAUGGGAUAAAGUUGGUCAGGAGUCUGGAUUAGGGCUUGGUGCGAAAUUGAUCUAUGUCAAGUAUCUUGCCGCACUUGCUCGAUGGUUGAACAGUGAUUCUAGCCCGGGGUUGCCUGGAACCUCGAAGGAUCUGAUUGCUAGGCUUAGAGACUUUGUAUCUCAAGCCAAGAGCAAGUAUGAGUUGAGGAAAGUAGGAGGAGAGUUCAAAUGGUUGCUUGUGAAAGUUGACAAGGAUCGCUCUUCGCCUGGGAAGACGAAACGGGAAUGUUCUGUAGAGACUUUGAAAUGGUUAAGCGAGGCUGCUAAGGAUCCAUGUGACACAUCUAAUGGUUCUUUGCCGGAUAGAUCAAAGUGGGAUUCUUAUGGAAGUGAAGAGCCAUGGAAACAGCUUCUUCUGUUUAGGGCCUCAAGAACAAACACUACUGAUUCGGCUUGUGAAAAGACUUGGCAGAAAAUCCAGAAGAUACAUCCAUCUUUGUAUCGGGAUAGUGCUGGGCCUAGUUACAAUCUAAGAGAGAGACUCAGUAGUCAGUUUAACGAGAGGAAAGCUGGGAAGGAUGAAUCAUGUGGUCUACUUUGUUCAGAGUUUCAAGCUCAAGUACCUGACUGGUCUCUCAUCGCUUCUGAAAGCGAUUCAAAGUGGUUUGACACUCUGAUGCCGCCACUUAACAAAGAACAAAACAAUAAUAAUCGUCUUAGUGAAAGAGAUCCUAUUGGAAAUGCUGACAGCAAUAAAAUGCUCACAAUGCUCGUCUCAGCUAUGGGAGAGUGUGCAUUCUCGAUCCUUAGAGAACCAGCAGAGCCGCAGCGUUUUCUCGAUGAGGAUUCACUGCAUGACUUCUGCAUCUCAACACUGAAGAUCACUUCCUGCCUAGUUGAGGAUGUAAUUGCUAGUCUGUGGAUUUCACCUCCAGAGCUCAUACAUCUAUGUGCUUCAUUUCCUGAAACUGGUGACAAUAUAAAGCAUUCUAAAAAGGUUUCCAUGGCGUUCAAAUUAUGUAUCAGAACCGUGUGGAAUUGUGUUAGACUCCUCUGUCUGAAAUUUGUAAAUGUUGAGUCUAACUCAUCUGAGGAUUUUGCGUCCGAAAAAGCAGUUGCUGAUUUUAUGAGCGAGGCAUGUUGCAAAUCUGCAUACUAUCUGGAUGUUCUCGAGCAACAUGGGGAACUAGAAAUUGAGGAGCUUCAAAUUUUCGAAGACAUUAACAAAUCUUUGAAUCUAUGGGUAUGGAUUCAGUCUAGUGAGACUAUUCCCCUGGAAAACGUGAUUCCUCUACUGUUCAAUGUAAUUGAUUUGGUUUCAAUAAAGGGUUGGCUAGAGCUCCAUCAACGCAUAUACGACUUGAUGUUUAGAGUCUUCAAAGGGAGAAAUGUCAGAUUGAAGGAUGCUUUGGCAAUGUUGUGGGAUUGUAGACGGCUAAGUCAUGCGUUAUGUCCUUCUCCAGUAGAUGAUGCUGUCAUCACGGGAUUAUCAUGCUACUUUGAUGAAAUAUCAGAGUCAACAGAUUUCUGGAAAAGUUGCUUGCAGUUUUCAAAAGCAAAAUCAAUUGGGUUCGAGCUGAGCAUACAUGAAUCAGACAUCACAAUAGAUGAGAUUAAAUGCACAGCUUCCAAACUAGACACAACUUCCAAACCAGUCUCAAGUGAUCCCUUUACCUGUUUCUCGUCUUUUGUUGCUGCAUGUCUAUAUUAUGAUCUCUGUGAAAGAGAAUUGUCAUGUGGUAAUUUAUACGAGGCUCUCUCUUGUGCUAAGGAAGCACACAGGAUUCGAAAUUUUCUUCUACAAAAAUGGUUUAGAUAUGGAGGGGAAAGUACAAAGACAGUAGAAAUAAUGACUUUCGUCUUUAAGAAGUUUCAAGUUUCAAGUCUUAGAGAUACCGAUUCAUGGCCAUGUGGAACUUUUCUCUGGGAUAUUAGCCGCUGCUACUUAAGCCCUUGGAUUUUGCUCCAAUGUUGUUUGGAAAGUGUUCUUCAGCUUGGUGGUAUUUAUGAGCUUAUGGGGGAAAGAGAUAGGGCUGGAACCUUGCUAUCUUGGGGAAAAACCGUUUCAUCUAUUCAGAGCCUACAACCUUUUGUCCUUGCAUUUUCUCUUGCUUUGGGGAAUCUCUACAAUAAAAUGCAGUGUUGGGAUCUAGCAGAAAAGGAGCUCCAGAAUGCGAAAAAGCUGCUAACAGAUAGUCAAAGAGAUUUUCCUUGCCGGAACUGCAAGCUGAUGUUAGAGGUUACGUUGGAUAAGCAAUUUGGAGACUUGUCUCAAAGACAAUCUGAGAGUCUGUAUAGUGCAGCCUUACAAAAAAUAUGCUGCCCAGCUUGGAAAGGAUGCAUUAAUCAAACAGCCGAGGUAGAGAAACCAAGAGACUCGAAAAGGAGGCGUGGAGGAGGUGCUAUAAUUGUGCAUGCUUGCGAGAUGAAGGAGCAGCCUAUUUUAAGGUUGACUCGCUCAAUGAGUCGAUCACUUGAAGAACGACCUCAAAACUUUCCUGCUGAGAAGUGUAGAUUCAUUGAUGAAUCUGAUAUCUCUGAUGCAAAGGGGUUGAUGCGGGACACUAAAAACACAAUCUGCGUUUGCAUCAAUAGAAUAAGUCAGCAGCACCUCUCUAACGAAGUUACAAGAUCUGGAUUGCCGAAUAACUUUAUAAGUUUGAAAUGGCAAUUUUACCAAAGGAGGCUUGCGUGCACGGUUCUUGUCAGCCUUGGAAAAUGUUUGGCUAAAUCUGGAAAGGUUCAUCAAGCACAUGGGGCAAUUUUGCAUAGCAUCGCUGCUUUAUAUAACAGUACCGUAUCCAUCCUCAGCUCACCUUCUUCUCGCAGUCCAUUGCUGGAUUUUAUUGGGAAGGAAAUCAAAGGAGAUGUAUUUGGUCUUGAUCGUGCAAGAAUAUUAUACAACUUGUGCAAGUUGAGUCUUCAAACUUACCACUCCAGGUCUGUUUUAUGUGAUUUAUCACAUAUUCCAUAUCAGACGCUGGUUUCAUUGUUAACGUUGGCAUUUGUACUUAGCAGAGAGGAUCCGAUACUCUGUCGAAAGAUUUCAAGGUUGCUUGCUGUGUUAUACUUGGUCUCUUCUAUAGGGUCUGAGUUCUCAUUCCCCUGUGACGGAGAGCUUUCUUUAAGUCAUUGGGUUACAUAUUAUCAUCAAGCCUCUCUUGGUGCUAAUAUCAACUACCACUUCUUGUCAAAAUUUAUCAAAUCAGGAAGCAACUCAAAUAAAGAGGCUUCUCAAGAAUUCGACUUUCUCAGGCUUGCUCCCAAAAGCACCGACGGUCUUGUUAAGUUUGCAAAAAACUUUUUCAAUGGUCUACCAGAAACGACAGCCAUCUGCAUUAGCGUGCUUGGAGGCACACUGAGUAAAUUGUUGCAGGAGUUAUUGAAAAGCCCCCAAGUUUGUGGGUGGCUGCUCUUGUCACGGUUGAGCUCAAAGAGUCAGCAGCCUUUAGCUGUACUUCUGCCAAUUUAUUCUUCACUUGAAGAAGGUAAAUUUUCUACUAUCCAUUGGAUGAAAAAUGUACACAUUCCAUGCGGAGGUGAUGCAUAUAGUGAACACACUUAUAGUUGCACAAUUCGGGACUACAGCAUAUUUCUAUUUUUAAAAGAAGCGUGUUGUAUUAUUGUUAUUAUAUACAGAAACCUUGAAGACACCUGGUUGGGUCCCUGGAGGCAUCUGCUUUUGGGAGAGUCUUCAAAUAGUAAAUUGCAUGAGUCCACGCAAAAGAAGCUGGUUGAAGAGCUAAGGGCCAAAUGUAAUAUGGAAGUAAAUGAGACACUUCUAAAGGUUUUCCUUGGAAAUGAAACAGCCGACGGCGGCGACGCAUGGAUAUCUCAGCUUUGUUCAAAGAAUGGUUGCUACAUAGGAGGUCAUCCAAGUGACCAUAUUGAUGAAGAAAAUGGAAGCAGUAUAUCUGAUGACCUUCAAAGUAGGUACCGGCUAGCCUUACAACUGAUACGGGACUCAGGGAUCAAGCUAGAGGAUUAUAACGAGAAGAGAGAACCGAUAAUACUUGUGUUGGAUCAUGAGAUUCAGAUGCUUCCAUGGGAGAACAUUCCAACAUUGAGAAGACAAGAAGUAUACCGUAUGCCUUCUGUGGGUAGUAUAUCAGCAGUGCUUAAGAAAAGCUGUUACCGAGAAGAUCCUUCUCCCUUCCUUGUGAUUGAUCCUCGAGAUUCUUGUUAUCUAUUAGAUCCUUGUUGUCUAUUAAAUCCGAAUAAUUGCAAAACAUUGCAAACCGUGCUUGAAGGAUUGUCCGAGAUUAAGGAAAUCAAGAUACAGGUAGAAGCUGGAUUAGAGCCACGUGCUCCUUCUGCUCAGGAGCUAAAGGAUGCGUUGGGAACUCGUGAUCUUUUCCUAUAUCAUGGGCAUGGUACUGGAGAGCAAUAUAUUCCCAUGAGGGAAGUAGAGAAUAUGAACAAAUGUUCUGCAGCUUUUCUUAUGGGAUGCUGCAGCGGUUUGCCAUAUAGAGGAGGCAGAUAUGUACCAAAAAGUGUUCCGAUAUCUUUCCUGCUAGCCGGUUCCCCUGUCAUUGUGGCAACCUUGUGGUUUGUAGCAGGUGAUGAUAUUAGCAAGUUUGAGAAGGCAAUGCUAGAAAGUUUCUGGAGAGAGAGGAGUGAUGAUGUUAAACCAGAGAGAAUUGGGUCGCUCAUGGCUGAUGCACGUUAUGCCUGCGCUCAGCAAUUCUUGACAGGGGCUGCCGUCGUGUGGUAUGGUGUCCCAACUGCUAUCACAACAAAGAGAAAGAAAAAAAAUACUUGAAGCCAAUGUUUGAAAUUUGUUUUGAUAUACUAGGACAUUCAAAAUAUUGAUGAUUUAGAAGAUUUUUCUUCCUUAUUUUUGUGUUUUAACUUAAUAUUGAAUUCAAACCACGUAUUUCUCUUCAUACGACUGAUAUCAUGAAAAGAAUUGUUGACGUCCAUUGAAGAGAAGUGAUG